UCCUAUUUUCAUUUGGCCUCUUCCUCACAGAAAGAGAGAAGGGAUUGAGUUGCUUUUCUAGUGGUACUUCAGAAACUCACUCACAACUCUCUUUCGUUAGCGUGUGAUAGAGAAAGCUAUAAGAGAAAGGAGAGAGAGAGAAAUGGGAUUCUUGUCAUCUUCCUCAGUUGUGGACAACAGCUCUGAUUAAAGAAAAAGAAAGGCAGAGCCUCCGCAGUGUCCUUAAUUGGCCAUCUUUUGUCUUCGCUUCGAACAACUUGUAUUGACUCCCUUUUCCACAAGGGGCCAUCCUCCUUUAGGCUGCAAACCUCUUCUCUUUAAAUAGAGAGCUUUCCCCAGAGUGAUUUUUCAUAGCGUCAACGACUCAACAAUGGCUUCUGAUCUCUUCGUCUUUGAUAACAGCUUUUUCUCUGACCCCUUUUCUCCUUUCUCCGACUCAUCUGUCGAUCCUCAGCAUGAUUUCUUCCAAACCUUUGAAGACAGCCUUAAUAACCGUAAUAAUAACGAUACUAAUAGUAAUAGAAUUCAAGAAAACAACUCUGCCGAUGAAACAACCUAUUCUCUUGACCAAAUUGCAUCUGCUCUUUCCUCAUCCUCACCACCUAGUCAUCAGCUUGAAAAUCUCUCAAUUUGUCAAACGGCCCAAAAUUUCCCAAAUGCAAAUGAUUCAGAUUACUUUCUCCUGGAGGUGAUUAAAACAGAGGAAUAUCAAGUCCCCUUAGAAACCAUUGCUGCCUUUAACAAUCCGUUCGUGCCUCAGAACAAUACUGCUGAUAAUGUGGUUAAGCUGAUGCAGAGGAGUUACAGUAGUAACUCCUUUGAUGGCAAGCCCAACUUUUUUUUCCACCAGAGGUUUGAUAGCCUAAUGGAGUCUCCAAAUAUGCAGUCCCAAGUCAUGAAUCCUCCUGAAAACAACUUAUCUACUGGUCAAAUGAGAAGGGUUUGCAGCACCGGAGAUUUACAGGUGCACAAUACCCCAUCUAAGAAUACUCUGUCUUCGAGCCCACUUUCUACAGACGGGUCAUUCCUGGAGGAAGCAAACUUCAAAGUGGGACGCUAUAGUGCAGAAGAGAGGAAAGAAAGGAUUCACAGGUACAGAGCGAAAAGAAACCAGAGAAAUUUCAACAAGACAAUUAAGUAUGCAUGCCGGAAGACACUGGCCGACAAUCGACCGAGGAUACGUGGCAGGUUUGCACGUAAUGAUGAAGCUGUAGAGAUUCCCAAAGCAUCCAUGUUUACAAGUACUAGAUAUGAAGACGAAGAUGAUCUUUGGAUUGAGGGAUUUCAGGAAGAAGAUGAUGAAGGGUCAGCAGUAGGGAGGUCAACAAAAAUAUUUUACAACAACUUGGGAUCAGCAGCAGCCGAACAGUACCAAUAUUACAGCUACUGAUGGAAUGAUGAUGAUGACGGCUUUGGUCAUAUGUUGCUGCUAAAGCUUUUAUCAAUUAGUAGGAGGGUUAAGUUGAUUUCACUCACACGACCAGGAAAAGCUUGUAGGAGCAAAAAAAGAAAGUCAGAAGGCGUUUAUUCAAUAAACAAGAAAAGGUUAGGUGUGAGUGUAAUGCUGACUGCUGAAGUUAAUAUGGGGUUUCAAAGAUUAAUUAGGCAGCACUGAGGAGUCUUCACCAUUCAGCAAGGCUAUGACAUUUAAGUUAUAUAUUAGUUUUGUAAUUUUCUGCAGGAAUUUUAAUGUAGUUAUAAAUAGUGCAUCUCGUUGUUGUUGUCUUUUUUUUGGCUCUUCAAUCAUCGUAUCUCAAUCUGUAAAUAGGGCGAUGAAUGAUUGCUCCAUUUCCCCGAA